AUGCUACACACGUGGCAGUGUCAGUUGGCAAGUCUGGAUACGUUCUGGACCAUAUGGGAGAAGGAGUACUUGCCAAUCCUCCGGUCCGACACCGGGCAUUGCCAAUCUCGGAAGUCCAUCUUUGAGCCAACAGUGCACUCAGUUGUUCUGAUCAAAGAUGAGCGCGUGCCAAGGGGAUCUUGGAGACUGGGCAAGAUCACGCAACUGAUUCGCAGCGAGACAGAUGGAAAGGUUAGGGCAGCGCGUGUCAUCACAGCUGCGGGAACAACCGUUUCACGUCCGCUGAGCUGUCUCUACCCCCUCGAAGUAGCUCCACCGUCGAUAGCCGAAGAGCUUCCGGCCGAAGCCCCACCGGUGAUGGACGACGAACUCCCUGCAGCAGCAGCAGCAGCUCCGCCGUCGACAACCGACGCCUCACCCACAGCAACAGCCGAGCCGAGAGCAAGACCACGCAGGUCGGCUGCGGCCCAAGCAACAGACGGAAUCCUGGCUUGUCUAUUGGAUAUUUAG